AACCACUUGUUAUAUAAAGAACGUCUUAUUGUAAAAAAAAUAAUGUAAUACAAUUUAAUUUUAUCAUUUAGUAGUUGCUAUUAUAAAGUACAGAGUUAUAAAAGUAUGUGUAAUUUACACAAAAAUAUAUUUUUUAUUUUAAUCAUUUAAUUAUGAGCGCACGUAAAUCGGUGAAUCUGUAAACUGACAAAUUGUAAAUUAGAAGUGCCUAUCAAAAUUUUGAUUUUUAACUAAAUAAUCCAGUAAUAAAAAAAGUGAUACAGAAUAAUUUACACUGUACUUACGUUAAUUUUGGGUGAAGUAUUGAAAAAAAAACAUCAUGAAAUUCUCACCAUUUAUUAAGCAGAUGUACGUAGCGGCGGCUACACAAUUGGUAUCAGUAUCAAUGGGCGGAUCUCUUAUGUAUCCCUCCAUUCUAUUGCAUCAGUUCCGAUCCGAAGAGUCCACUAUACGCACAGAGCUGGAUACGCUUACUUGGAUCGCUGCGAUGCAUGGAAUCUCAGGGUUAGGAGCGACGCUAAUGCCAACAAUAAUGCAGUUAAAAGGAAGAAAAUACACUUUCAUUGGAAGCAGCAUUAUUCUUCUCAUCGGAUGGAUUUUAGCAGCUGCAGCUACCAAUGUCUUCACCGUCCUUCUAUCAGCCGUAUUCCAUGGUCUAGCCAGCAACUGUAUAUCUAUAAUAAACUUAGUAACUGUUAGCGAAAUGAUUGCUCCAAAAUAUAGAUCUGCCUUAAUGUUUUCUCUGACCAUUGAACAAACUAUUGGUCAAGUCAUAGUUGCUCAUUUAGGAGCUUUUUUGGACUGGAAAACGGUAGCUAUGGUUAUGUGUGCUCCUUUAGUAAUCGCCUUAUUAAUGGCAAUAAUCUUUCCUGAAUCUCCAUCGUGGUUGGCUUUUAAAGGUAAAUUUGAAGAGACUGAAAAGUCUUUUAUCUGGUUGCGAGGUACUGAUGAUGAAGCUAAUAAAGAGUUGAAAGCAAUGAUUGCAGCUCAAAAGGAGGUAAAAAGACAAACUAAGAAGACGAGGCUACAAGAAAUGAUGCUAAAAUUGAAAGAAAAGGACUUGUAUAUACCAAGUUUAUACAUGCUUUUGAUACUAACGAACUUUUAUGGAUGUGGGAGCAUGUCAUUGUUCGUCUACGCAAAAGAUUUUAUAGAAAUAGGUACUGGUAAUCCUGAGAUUGCUCUUACAGGUUACAUUAUUACUUCUUAUGUAUUGUUACUUGGAUCUUCAAUUUCUAUUGUUCUUAUAAAGUUUUUCAAUUCUAAAACUGUUUUAUCUACUGCAUUUGGGAGUAUUAUCUGUUUGAUAGGUUGUGCUGUGUCUCCGUAUUUGAAAAGUGCUGGAAUUAUCUCAAGUGAUUCUUUACUAUUCUUAUAUUUCUUCUUAGGGUUCAUGGGUCUUAAUAAUUCAGGUUUUAACCCUGUUACGUUUUCUUUAGCUAUUGAUUUGAUGCCUGUCAAGCACAGAGGUUUCGGUGGUGGAUUAUUUAAUAUUUUAACUUGUAUAUUGUUUGUUGCCACAGUCAAAACUGCUCCACAUAUCGUUCUAUGUAUAGGCUUAUCCUGGAUGUUUAUUUGUUUUGCUGUUAUUUCUACAAUUUGUACUAUUUUGAUUUGGAUAUACGUACCAGAAACUAAGAAUAGGACGUUGCAAGAGAUUGAAGAUUAUUAUAAUUUUGGUAGUUUUGUUAGACCUAGAGGUUUGGAAGAUAAUGAAGUUAAUUUACCAAUUGUUAAAGUUAAUGAGGAGUAGAUUUAUUUACUAGUCAGCAGAUUCAAUAUUACAUUAAUAAAAUAAUACAAGAAACUGAAGGGCGCUUCACAUAGCAUACUUAAAAUAUGUAGGUUAUAAUAUUUAAUCUUAAAAUACAAUAUUGCUCGCCAUAUGAUUCAAUGAACAUACACGAUGGAGAUAAUAUUUUAGUAUCGUAAGCAAGCGAGCGAUAUGCGAAUAUGUAGUGAGCAAUUUUUUAUCUUCUCCGCAUUGAGCAAGCGUGGUGAUUAAUGCUCAAUCCUUCUCCAUGCGAGAGGAGGCCUGUGCCUAGCAGUGGGACGAUAAACAGGCUGUGACAGAACAGAACAGAAUUUUGUAUCUUAAGUUAAAAUAAUAUUAUAUUAUAUCUCUGUUACUGUUACAGCCUUUAUAUCGUCCCACUGCUGGGCACAGGCCUCCUCUCACAGGGAGAAGGAUUGAGCAUUAAUCACCACGCUUGCUCAAUGCUCAGACUAUUAUAUCUCGGCCUUAUUUAGUAUCUAAGCCGUGUGUAAAGAUUCAAGAUCAAUUAAAUAUAUUUAAGAGUGUAAUUUUGCCUCCCUUUUACAUGUACUCGAUGUGAUAAAAAUCCAUUAAACCGAAAAUUAUAUUGAUAUCAAUGUUUCCGUUAGCUUUAAGGAAAGGUAUUUUGAGAUAAUAAACCUGUU